GCCUAAGACCGAGUGGGCUUCCGGUGUCGUGUGUCAGCUGUAAAUCGGUGUACAGUAAUGGUGUACGAACAGGGUACCGAUCCCAGUACAGCGCUGCUCUGAUGUCCUACACACACGGCCAGGCAGGAGACAGGCCCAAGUUGCUAGUUUUUUGUAAAGAAUUCUGUUCGGGAUGGUGCUGAUGACGCUUUGUCGCCCCAGACUGCUGCAGCUCACGCUGGCCAUCAUCAAGCCGGACGCCGUGGCUCAUCCACUCAUACUGGAGGCUCUCCAUGAAAAAAUCCUUGAAAACAACUUCAUCAUAAUCAGGUCAAAAGAGCUACAAUGGCAGAAACAGGAUUCAGAAAGAUUUUAUGCGGAGCAUUCAGGGCGAUUUUUCUAUCAGAGACUGGUUGAAUAUAUGUCGAGUGGCCCAAUGCGGGCCUACAUCCUGGCCAGGGAAAAUGCUAUCUCCCAGUGGCGGGAGCUCAUGGGACCCACCAAAGUGUUCCGGGCCAGGUACACAUCCCCCACCACCAUUCGGGCCUUGUACGGGCUGACAGACACCAGGAACACCACUCAUGGAUCAGAUUCAGAAGUGUCAGCCCACAGGGAGAUUGCCUUCUUCUUCCCAGAUUUCAGCAUGAAAGAAUGGAUGGAGCAGAGCGAGCCGUCUUUCAGGACUGGACGCGUGCACUAUGACCAGCAGAGGAUGGUUCAUACCUUGCUGGUGCAGAGCUGAUGGUGGGGCACAUGGGAUCACAUGCUCACAACCUCACAAAGGACUAUUAGUUGUUAAUGAGAUGUUGUAGGUAAUGAGCUGGCGAUCCCCAUCCAUAGCAAUCAUCUUCUGUUAAUGCCAAAAAUAGCAAGAUGCUGUCUUAAUACCACUUGAAAAAAUGUACUAAUCGAAACAAGAACCAUGCACAGUACCUUAAAAAAGCAAAUAAGAAAAUGGCAAUGUUGACAACAUUGUAGGUUAUUGUGCACAGAGGUGUACAUAUGACCGAUUUGUAUAUACAUAUUUAUAGGCCUCCAAUAAACUCAAUGGACUAAGUUACAGUGGGCAAGUGCUGACCUGCAUGAACAGUCAUGUUAUUUUACAUUGAAACAGGUAGACUGUUGGCUGCAUUGUGACAUCAGUACAUGUGUUACAGAAAAAUUAAUCUGUUUGCAGUCCUUUCUGUUUAAUUCAUCAUGUCUGUUUCAUUAUUCUUUUGUCGUACCUGUACAGUUUUGAGGCCACAUUUUUCUCCUUUUUGCCUUUGAUUGUAGCAUUGUGUUCUAUUCUUGCUGUUAAGAAAAACAAGAAACUGGCAAUAGAAAUUGAGGAAGAAACUGCUUUAAAUUUGUGAGAAUUAACUGGAAAAAAAGCCUGUGUGUGAGUACUGAAUUUAAAAGUUAAUGUUUUUAAUAUAUAAAUACCAUACUGAAAGCAA